UUUGUGAAUUAACUCACUAACAAGAGUCAUUUGUUCUUCAAAAUAAAAUGACAACAUCAUUCUUGUCAUCAGUGUUUAGAAAAUUUAGAAAAAGAUAGCCUCACCUGUAAUAAAAUUUGAAAAAAUCAUAGUUGUCUGUAAGCUUACGUACACGACAAUACUUUUCCAUAAUGUCUAUUCAUUUUGCGAUGAUCGCACGAUCGCGGGAUGGACUGCCUUUAGCGGGAUCAACAGAUGGAUCACCAAUAGAACAAGAUCUGGAUUAUCAAGAAGCGUACAAAGAUUUAAAACUUUUGUCAAGAAAAACUGGAAAUUUCACAUUCAGUGAUCGAUGUUCAUAUCCCUGUGGUAGAUUCAGUGUACAUUUGAUUAGUGCUGUUGGGUUAACCUUCUUGGUUUUAACAGAUGCAUCUUAUCCUCCUGUCCUGGCUUUCUCUUUUCUCAAUGAAAUAAUGAAAGAGUUUUUACAAGAACAUGAUCAUAAAACAGCUGAAAGUAUAUCUAGACCAUAUGUUUACAUCAAUUUCGCUAUGUUUAUACAGAAGACAAAAUCAAAAUACAACAGUCCUCGAUCAUUAAUGACUAAAUUAAAUUUUUCUGCUUUAACACAAGAAUAUGAACUACGACCCCCAUAUAACAUAUCUAAUGGAGAACUUUAUCCGGAGAUCGGAACAAAAACAUCAUCUUUUAGAACUGCAGCUUCUAGCAGAAGACAUUAUGUAUCUUUUGAUAUUUUUGGUUGGGUAGCAACUGGUUUGAAUAUUUUAUGUGCCUUUUUACAUCUGGCUCGUGGUAUAGCCGUUAUUCAGGAUGGACACAUCGAGGAUUAUAGCAGUGAUUUAUUUCAAUAUGGACUCACAUUUAUGUUAUGUUGUGGAUUCUUUCUCUAUCAGGUGUUUUUAAUGUGUUUUCCGACGACGAUGAGGAAGCCGUUGGCAUGUGGUACGUUAGGAAGUAUUUGUGUCUGUCAACUUUAUCUUUGGGAAUAUCGAACUAACGUAGAGAUUCUAUUUCAUGUGUGCGUUGGGUGUACGGCAACUUUUGUCAUUUUUACUCGUAAAAUCCAAGAAAAAUUACCCCAAUAUAAUUUAUAGUAUUACACAGGGGAUGCUCGACUGAACGUUCUGGAAUUGAAUUCUCUCAAUACCAAAAAUAGUGUAAAUUGGGUGAAAACGAGGAAUUCGGGCUACAACGCAUGUGACGACUGCAUAAGGAAAUCUCUCAACCAACCGUGACAGCUGAAAGAUAUUGGUUGUUUUUGUUUACGUCAUGAGUGACAGGAAUGAAUUACAUGUCACUCGAUUGCAAUUCUGUCUAUUUUGGACGUUCCGGGUUGACGAUCGAGCCUCCCUAUGUAUAUAUUCAGUCGUCACAGUAGAACUUAUUAUUAUGCCAUACACAUGUGGAGCACGAGUUUUGUGUUUCUUGAUCAAAAAUAUUUGUUAUAAACAGUGAUUGAAAGUUGAGUAAAUUCUUAACUUAAAGGGACCAUCCCAAUUUUAACAGAGUCUUGAAAAUAAAAGUCUGUGUACGUAUGAAAUUUAAGCGCCAAAAUAUAGAGGAAUGUGGUAUUUAUCUUGUCUGAAAAAUUCAGCUCAAAAUUUUGAGUCGCUUGGACGUGAACUUCAAAACUGCUUAUCCGGACACGUAACCCUUUUAAGAUUUCAGGUCAAUUUUUUCAUUGGGUGACCUUAUAAUCUAUUGCCAUUCUUUUAGAGGUCAAAACAGUGCAUUUUAAAGUGCUGUACUUCAUAACGAACGGUAAAUUUCACCUACACAUUAUUUUUAUAGAAUAAAAAUCUGGUUUUAUCCAGACACCAUAUAAUACAGCUUGGGACACCGGUCUCCAUUUCCAGAUGAAGACUGGUGGAUUUAAUUUGUUAUAAAACGUAUCACGUAUAUUGAUUUAGAUGCUUGGCCCUAAGGCAGCAGUUUUUAAGGGCUUUUCACGCAAAAUUAAGCAGUUUUAUUCUCCAAAAUAUAGCCGAGACUGGCCCUUUAACUUAAGGCUGAGAAUGCUUUGUGAAUUCGGGACUUGUCUAAAUUAGUCUUGCUAAAAAACAUUUUGGUCUGAAAAUUAUUAAAUAGAAGUUAUGGUCAUCUAAAUUUCACAUUACUUUCUAUUGAAUUCAUGCCCUUCAACCUUGUCAGCCAAUGCCUGAAGGAUAUUUCAUUUCUAUCAACUAACAUCAAACACAAGACAGCAUCUAAUCUUAUUUUUUUUUGUGUUAAUGAUGUUUAUUACUAUCUCGAGAAUAUUUUUAAAGUUUUUAUUUUUAUUUGAUAUAAAUAAGGAAAUUGGUUAUUGGGCACAUUGACAAUAUAGUAUACGAUCAAGAAUUUCAUUUCAAGGAAUUUUGGUUAUUUUUGAAACCAUACAAAUCUACAAAUAACUUAAUUGUCAUUUCCAUGUAGAAUCGUCUUUUUAUGGGGUUGGUAGGGUACCUAAAUUUGCUUUCAGAUCUAGAUUACUAGAAUAACCAACAAAAUAUCAUCAGUAAGAAAGAUUCCAAAUACAAAACUAGCACAAAAUGCAGAACAGAUUAGACACUUGUAUCCAGCAAAAUGUUGAAAGGAAAGGGGAGAGGGGUCCACAAGACCCCCUGUUUCCGAUAAUGUCAAAUGGUGAAUGUUGCCACUGCCUCACUUCCGUUCUAUUUGCAGCAUUAUACUGGACAUUAAGUAGCUGAAAAUGUAUAAAAUUCUCGUUAGACAAUUAUGAACCAGUUCCUCACAAACGUUAAGGAUAUGGUUGUGGGGUUCCGAAAUACCUCUUGUAUGCACACAAGGGUUAAUGUUGCAAAAAAAAGUUGUUUGAAAAAAUUUUGGAAGGGCUAUAUUUGCACAAAUGUAUAAUUUGUACUCAUUUCAUGUCUAAUAUUAAUUUUGGAUGUAACAUUGAUGAGAAAUUAUUUUGAGAUGUAACCAAAAUUCCUUGACGUCAAAUUCUUGAUCAUAUAUACACAUACUGUCUUUACAGACACAGUAUGGUCCGAUCUAUAAAAAAUGAAAUGGUGGGUAGGGGUUUUAACCACCUAUUGGGCUAAUGAAGACAGACUUAAGCCAUACAGUGUGCUAUGAGGAGAAAUUUUGUGCGGACAGAGAUGUUACGACCUACUCUUAUAUCAAAUUCCAACAGCCAUGGGAUCUUUUACACAUGCACGCCAAUGUGUACACAAGACCUAGGUUUUUUGUACCAUCCAAACGACUAUAUGUUGUCCUUUGCCAGGCCCUCAGUCCUGCACCACUAACAUAAAGGGGGAAACCAUGCUGGAAAAUCCUGAUGAACUUUGUUGGUCACACUGGGAUCGAACACCGAACCUCCAGGUUAGCAAGCCAACAUCUUACUGACUGAGCCAACGUGGAUCCUAUCUACACGUUAUUAGUAUUUAUUGGACACUUUUCGUCCUUUUAAGUAAAAUUCGGAAUUGUAAUGUUUAUGAUUGUUAAUACUUGUUAUGACAGAAACUCUUUGUUUUCUGUCAAUUAAAUUCUUUUGAAUUAGGUUGAUGUCAUGUGUUAUUUUGACUAGUGAUGGGACAAUCUCUGUAUGAUUACAUUACCAUGGAGAUCUAAUUUUAGACCUAUGUUUAUGGAGAUCUAACUCGAGAUUUAAUUUUAGACCCAUGUUAUAUUACCACAGAGAAUUAACUAUAGGUCCAUCUUAUAUUAUCAUGGAGAUAUAACUAUGUUAUAUUACCAUGGAGAUCUAAUGAUAGGCCUCUCUUAUAUUACCAUGAAGAUAUAACUACAUGUAUAGGCCCAUGUUAUAUUACCAUGGAGAUCUAACUAUAGGCCUCUCUUAUAUUACCAUGGAGAUCUAACUAUAGGCCUCUCUUAUAUUAUCAUGGAGAUCUAACUAUAGGCCUCUCUUAUAUUACCAUGGAGAUCUAACUAUAAGUCUAUCUUAUAUUACCAUGUAGAUCUAACUAUAGGCCUCUCAUAUAUUACCAUGGAGAUCUAACUAUAUAGGCCUCUCUUAUAUUACUAUGGAGAUCUAACUAUAGGCCUCUCUUAUAUUACCAUGGAGAUCUAACUAUAAGUCCAUCUUAUGUCUUGAUGUGACAUCCUUCUAUACAGGGUUGAGAGCAAGUUAACAAGUUAAUAGGAAUUAAUUAUCCAAGCUGGUUAAACAUUUUUAUUUUCGCGCCUAACCUAUUUCAGAGAGUGAAAAAACCUUAUUUUUGAUCAUUUUUUUUUAUUCUAUACUCCCAAUCCAGGAUUUAGGUGGCAUUUUGACGGGAAAACGUUAAAGAAACAAAUAUAAUUUGGUACCUUCGACCUUGACCAUUUGCUGCUCAAUGCUAUUGAUGAUUUAAUCCAAAAAUGAUUAAUCAAGACUGUGAUUUUUAUCCUACUGACUUUAGUAAUGAUGAUGGAGGCUAGGCCUAAAACUCAAAGCUUAUAUCUCGGUUCAGAAUGGAUCAAUGUGACUGAAAGUUUUAGCAAAUUGCCUUAACAUUAUCUAGAUUUUAACUAUUAUGGCGAGAACUGUCAGCUCUUUAUCUAAUCUCCCAUCAUGACCCAUUACUAAGUUAACUGCUGUCAACCGUGUUUAUAUAUUAAUGGAUAUGGGUUAUGUUUAUAAUUAUAUUAAGAUUCUAGUCUUGUAUCAUCAAUAAAAUAAAUUGCCACUAUAUUUAUUGCUUGUUUUU